UGACAAUUUCAGUUCAUGUGUGACAUAACCUAUUUUCCUGAUAAAACAAACUCUAUUUUUGAUAUACUUUCCAUAUUUGAUGACAAAAAUGCGAAUUAUUGUUCAAGAAUCAAGGCUCGUGGUCCAAAGAAGCAUUUGAAGCGUCUCAAUGCCCCAAAGGCAUGGAUGUUGGACAAAUUGGGGGGAGUUUAUGCCCCACGUCCAUCAACUGGUCCCCAUAAAUUGAGGGAAUCUUUGCCGCUUGUGAUUUUCCUUCGCAAUAGGCUGAAGUACGCUUUGACCAAUAGCGAAGUGACCAAAAUCUGUAUGCAAAGACUCAUCAAGGUCGAUGGAAAAAUCCGUACUGACCGCAACUACCCAACCGGUUUCAUGGACGUUGUAACCAUUGAGAAGACGGGCGAAUUUUUCCGUUUGAUUUACGACGUCAAGGGACGUUUCACAAUUCACCGUAUCACAGCCGAAGAAGCCAAGUACAAAUUGUGCAAAGUGAGGCGAGUUCAGACUGGACCAAAGGGAAUUCCCUUUUUGGUAACUCACGACGGAAGGACCCUCCGUUAUCCUGAUCCUUUGAUCAAGGUCAACGACUCGAUUCAGCUGGAAAUUGCCACUUCCAAAAUCCUCGAUUACAUUAAAUUCGAUUGCGGAAACUUGUGCAUGAUCACUGGAGGAAGGAAUUUGGGUCGUGUUGGUACUGUUGUGAGUCGAGAACGUCAUCCCGGAUCUUUCGACAUUUGUCACAUCAAAGAUUCUCAAGGUCACACAUUCGCCACGAGAUUGCACAACGUAUUUAUCAUCGGCAAAGGAUCCAAACCUUUCGUAAGUCUACCGAAAGGAAAGGGAGUGAAACUCACGAUUGCAGAAGAAAGAGACAAAAGAUUGGCGUCUAAGCGAGACUAAUGUACGUUUUCCAAUAAAAUUUUGUUUUAAAAGGAAAAUUCUCGGCUUGAAAAU